AUGGAGAAAGCUUUCUGCCUAGCCAGUUUGCUUGCUCCUGUUAUGCUAGAGGACGUUUUUGUUAUAACGGACGGUGUCUCCAAGGUUGCAUCUGCAUCAGCCGACCAGGAGCCCCCUUAG